UUUACAAAUAUUUUUCUGUAAGCAUACGAGUGACCAGCAGCACAUAAUCAAGUACUCCUACAGUCCUAGUAGUUCAUCAAAUUUCAGUUCCUGACCAGCCUGAUCAAAUACUCGCCCCUUGAUCGGAGAUCGGUCCGUUUUGUCGGAAGUUAGAGGAUGUUCAAGUUCUUGAAAGGCGUCGUCGGUGGAUCUGGGACGGGACUCAAGGAUCUGCCUUACAACAUCGGCGAACCUUAUUCCACUGCUUGGGGAUCUUGGGUUCACUACCGUGGCACUUCCAAGGAUGAUGGUGCUCCUGUCUCAAUAUUUGUGCUUACGGGGAGUAAUGCAAAUGAUGGACAUCUAGCUGCUGGUAGAAAUGGAGUCAAGCGACUUCGCACUGUUAGGCAUCCAAAUAUUUUGUCAUUUCUUUACAGCACUGAAGCAGAAACUUUUGAUGGUUCUACUACUAAGGUUACCAUAUAUAUUGUUACUGAACCUGUCAUGCCACUUUCGGAGAAGCUCAAGGAAUUAGGAUUAAAAGGUAACCAGAGGUAUGAAUGUACUUUAGCUUCUUUUCUGCUCUACAUUUCAGAUGCUUGAUUGCUUGACACUGUG